AUGUUGCAUUGGCAGGGCACGCUGGAGCUGGCAGACUUUCCCCUGCAGAAAGGCUCUGUGGAGCUCCUCAAGCAGAGAUGGGAGUCCAUCAAUGCUACAAGACCUGGCCUGACACUCCAGUACUCACCAGUCCCACAGUCCCUGGCGCUGGGUAAGAUGAGCUGCAGCAGCACCAUGGAGAAAGUGCCAGCAGAAAACAGAAGGCCAGAUGUGUUCAAGGAGGAGACCCUAGGUGGCCCUCAGCAGAUCGAGCCCUCCCCCAUCACUGUGGAAGAGCUGCGGAGCCACUUCGAGGCGCUGGGUGGCAAGAAGGAAACAGAAAGUGAGAGAAGUUCACUUUUAUCAACAUUGAAGACCCAGCCUGGGAGCCAUUCUGAAACUUCUCUGAAGGGGUCUACUGUGAAAAGAGGGCGAGCAAUCUUUGAAAAGAUGUCAUCAGAAAAUGGCCACAGCAACAGCUCAGAAGUGGGUUCUCGCAAACCUGUAAGAGGACAACCUAAAGACAGCGCUCCCAGGGCUGAUAACACACCGCUGGAUUUCCAGGAGACUGUCUCCUUGAAAGAAAGAAUGGCUAUGUACAAGGCUGCUGUGUCUGAGAUAGACAGUAGCAACUCCUUUGCUCAUACUUCAGAGAAAACCAAGUUCUGUACUGUGGCUGGUGGCCUGGCAGCAGUAAGGAAACAAUUUGAGAAAGUGGCAUCUUCACAAAAGAACUUUGCUCAGUACCAGCACAAAUCCAUACAGGCAGAAGCCACCACUCAUAGCUCAUUUCAUUGUAAGGGAGACUGGUUCCUUGAGAAAGGUGCUGUAUUACCAGAAACACCAAGUAGCAGUCAGCACACAGUAUCAAGCGGCACCAGGGAAGCUCAGUGCAAUGAAACGACCUCCGAAGAAAGUCAAAUAGAAGAGGUUUCUUGUCGUGACCAAGUUACUCAUGAGAUAAAAAAGGCUUCUACAUUCAUCCAGCACACUGAUGAAAGAGCUGAACGGAAUAGCCCUGCAGAAUAUGACCACAGAGUUAAGACACUGCUGCUGCUGCAGUUUAGUCCUGGUAUAAGAAUUCACACGUUAUAUACUCCUACAGACCCCAGUCAACCUUUAGCCUGGCCUCACCCGUCAGCAAUCAAUGCAGCUCAGAACGAAGAGCUCCCAAAGACUGUGACAGAGAUUUUAAAACAGCAGAUUGAAAGGACAAUUCAGGAGAAGGCUGUUCACUCUGACAGAGAGACUGCAGGACCUGCAAAAGAAGUAAAGAAACUGCAGAUUCAGGGAAACGAAACGUGCAGACUCUGUCAACAGAGAGUUUAUGCAAUGGAAUGCCUAGUUGCUGACAAGAAGAAUUUUCAUAAAUCGUGCUUCCGAUGUCACCACUGUGGCAGUCAAUUAAGAUUGGGAAAUUAUGCAUCUCUCCAUGGAAAAAUAUACUGUAAACCCCAUUUUAAGCAACUUUUCAAAUCAAAAGGAAAUUAUGAUGAAGGUUUUGGACACAAGCAGCAUAAAGAUUUAUGGAAUUCUAAAGAUCAAUGUAGCUCAGUUGGCAAUAUUCAUACUGAAGAAACAAUCCCCAUUAAUAGUACACCUGUUGAUCCUAAACCAGUUACAGAAAUUGAUCAAGACUUGCACUCUGAUACUGACGGUACUCAUCCCGGUAUUUUGGAUAAUAAUUUGAAAAAAUGCACAGAAAGAGGUAAAUUAAAGAUGACAUGGCCGCCUUCAACAGAUGAUGCAACACCUAAGAAAACAUUUUCUAUUGAAGAAGUGGCUAAAGUAGAUAAGCCAAAGUGGCCCCCAGAAAGUUUUGCUCAAGAAGGUUCUAGUUUACAUACAAAUAAACCCCUGUGUAGUGAAAAGGAUCCUCAGAGAAAAAAUGCUAUGAGAGAGCAUAAUAAAAACGACACUGCAAAUGAACAGCAAAAUCAACACUCCGCCUUUAGCUGUGAGUAUGAAAAAGAAGCUAAAAAUAUCUGUAAAUCAAAUAAAAAUGACGCAGGCAAUAAGGGAAAAGAUGAGGAAUCUGGGAACAUGCAAAAUAUACUGAAUAAAACAGAAGGAUCACAGAACAGGGAGGAAAGCAGAAAGGAUAUUAAUGAAGGUGAUAAUGUGAUUGUGCAUAGUGCUGGGAAGGAGCGAGAGCAAAAAAUUAAUGCAAGUGAUGAUUCAGAAGUUGUACAGGUCACUAACAUUGAUGAUGUAACAGCACAAAGGAAUAACAAAGAAUUCAGCUUUAAUAGCAAUAACAAUAACAAUUAUGCCACUUUUUCACAUCUAGACAUUUGUAGGCAGGAAACAACUCUCUCAGCUACGUCUAAGCCAAUGACAGCAUUAAGCCAAGCCCUGCAAUUUGCCCUGUGUCGCAGCAUGCCUUUGCAAAGCUGGAAAAUCGGUCUGGAAAUGAAGAAAUAUUUGAGAUAUGCCACUUGUCAGAAGUCCUGUACUCAUAGAACAUUAGUUUUAAAGGAGGCAACUAAUGCAACAUUCCCUGUUGAUACUGAGUUGGCAUGCAUCAGAAAAGAAUCAGAAUAUGGCAAAAAAUUAAAUACUAUUUUAUCUGACACUCUGAAAGCAUCUUUUCUUAAAAAAGACAACCUGGUUUUAGACUGUGGUCUAGUAGACUCUGUAGACAUAACUAAAAAGUCCCGCAGCCCCUAUUCAAAAGAACAUAGGAAUUAUGAUACAGAAAUGAAUGGUAUUAAUGCCUGUCAAGAAAGUGAAAUAAUCAAAGUGUCAAAGAAUGACAUAAACACAAGCUUAGAUUUACUGAGCUCAAGACAUACAGCUGUUUCAUCAUUCCAAGGUGACAAAGUGAAGCUCAAACAGCUCACUGUAGAACAAAUUAAAAGAAACAGAUUCUAUGAAGAAAAUGAAUAA